UAUGGAUUGAAAUCUAUGUGUUAAGAGAUAUUGUAUUCACUCCGUUUGCAAAAAUGGAUGAUGGAUUUGAAAAGAUGAGACUAGUUAUCCUAGACAAAUAUGAUGAUGUUAGUUUGUGGGCAGCUAAAUACAUCCGAAAGAAGAUCAAUGCUUUCAAUCCAGACAAGGACAGACUCUUCACUCUUGGACUCCCUACAGGUAGCACACCCCUUGGGACAUACAAAGAGUUGAUUAAAUUCUACAAGGAGGGAAAACUCUCUUUCAAAUAUGUCAAGACAUUUAACAUGGAUGAGUAUGUAGAUAUUCCAAGGGACCAUCCAGAAAGUUACCAUGCCUUUAUGUGGAACAACUUCUUCAAACAUAUUGAUAUCAAUCCAGAAAAUGCCCAUAUUCUGGAUGGCAAUGCUAAGGAUCUACAGAAAGAGUGUGACAGUUUUGAAGAAAAGAUCAAACUUGCUGGAGGAAUUAGACUGUUUGUUGGAGGUAUUGGACCAGAUGGUCAUAUUGCAUUCAAUGAGCCUGGUUCAAGUCUUGUAUCCCGUACCAGAGUCAAGUCCCUGGCACAUGACACAGUGAUGGCAAAUGCAAGGUUCUUUGAUGGAGAUUUGUCCAAGGUGCCCACAAUGGCAUUAACUGUUGGUGUUCAAACAGUCAUGGAUGCAGAUGAGGUAAUGAUUCUGAUCACAGGCUCCCAUAAAGCAUUUGCUCUCCACAAGGCCAUAGAAGAAGGUGUCAAUCACAUGUGGACAGUCUCCGCCUUCCAACAGCACCCACAUACAAUAUUUGUCUGUGACGAACACGCCACUGAUGAACUUCGAGUAAAGACUGUUAAAUACUUCAAAGGUUUGAUGGAGUUGCAUAAUAAGCUUGUAGAAGAACCAGCUGUAGUAGAUGCAAAUAUUGGUCAACCAUCCCCCGCAAAGAAACCUAAAAUUUGAUGCAAGGUCGAGUUUUCAUCAAGCAGCAUGUAUGAAUUGAAAAUAUGACAUUUUUUAUGACAUGUUUUAAUAGAGUGAAAGUAAUGAUAUGCUCUUCAAUGAUGAAUAAGGAUUAAAUUUAGAAAUUCUGAUAAGAAGUAUGAUCUUGGACUUCAUGAAGCAAUUCAAUUAGAUCUCUAGUUUUUAAUGAAUAAAAAAAUGAUUUAAGUUACAAUACUCAAAUAACAUAGAACUACAGGAAUCAGAAAGGCAAAUAGUAUGCUAAAUAUCGAUCUGUUUCAAUUUUAGAUUAUCAAACAUUAUUCAUUCCACUCAAUCUUUAAAAAAAACACGUUUUGGAAAUAAUAAUUUUAUAGACUGAACUGUAUAGAAAUUAACACACCGUUUUUGUUUUAGAGAAAAGACCAUUUAUUUUUGCAUCUGUUUUUCUAUAUCUAGUUCUUUAACAAGCUUUUUAUGAAAUUGUCAAAGGGAGUGCAAGUGUAAUAAGUAUAAAAUAUCAAAGUCAGUGCAAUGCAUUUUUAAACCAAUGGACAGUAGUAUGAGAUGUGAAGAAGUUUCACUUAUGUCCAGGGUGAAUAACAAAACUGUAGUAUUGACAUCAUGUCUUCCAAUCAGUGUGGAACUUGUUUAGUGGAACACAUUUGUAAGUAGUACACCCUUCACCAGGUACAAAUUAAUCAAGUGUAAAUAAACACCUCCAAAAUAGAACACUUAAAGGUACCAAAAGUGUGCCACUAACACAGGUUAUACAAUAACUUUAU